AUGAGUUCAGGGGCAAACUAUAAAAAUGCUGUUAAACUUAAUCCCAGGCUCUUUCAAAGAACAAAAAAACUUAAUCCUAAGCAGCCAACUAAGAAGACAUACGGGCAUACAUCAUACUCUCAACUCUGUUGACUCAAUUUUCGAUUCAGGAGUUCCGAGUUCAGGACUCAGGUCGCCAGCCCAAGGCACCAAUUCAGAACGACGCCGACCCAGGUCACGCAGAGCACCAGCCGCCAGCCCAGGACGCCACCCUCUUGGCCUCUUUCAAUUCCAAUUAUCACUGCAAUUUUAAUUUUUAAGGUUCUGCUCUGCUCCUGUGAGUAUCUCGAACUAAGUUAUAUUUGUAGUGUAAGAUUUUUUUAGUACUAUAAAAAUCUCGCCAUGGCUUGAAAAAAGUUCAGGAACUCCAUUGCAGCUCGCAUCCGGCCGUGUUCGGGGCCUUUAUCUGCCAAACUUUGUGCCCUCCACUUGAUUCCGUGCUUGAGGAACAUACCAGAUUAUGGCUAAGCAAUCGCAAUCGUUUUUUCUCGAAGAAUGGCUUCGAACCACCAUUUCUGGGAGCAGCAACAGUGUGAGCUUAAAACAGCCUUCUUCGACAUCUGCCCAAGACAUAAUUCAAGCUUGGUCAGAUUUGCGGGACUCAGUUCAACAACAGUCCUUCCAUUCUCGUAACCUCCAAUCUUUACAUUCCCUUUUAACCUCCCAAAGUUCACUGUAUAUUGCUGACCCACAAGCAAAGCUUCUACUGUCUCUUUUUUCCUCGCCCAAAAUCUCACUCCCACAAGAAUCAUAUCCUCCAUUGCUCAGGCUGCUGUAUAUUUGGACUAGGAAAUCAUCCAGGCCGUCUUCUCAUGUUGUAGAUUAUGCUGUGGAGGUUAUCUUGCACCUUUUCUCUGUACGGUUUCAUUCUGAUAACAUCUCCGCUUUCUACACUGAAGGUGUUCUUAUACUAGGUGCCCUUUCUUUUGUAAGUUCAGCCUCUGAGAAAUCUAGGAAGGCCUGCCAUGAAACGCUAUGUGCUCUACUUGAACAAGAACAUAAGUUUAUCCACAUGUCUGAAGGAUUGAUUCCCAAUGUUCUUGCUGGAAUUGGCUAUGCUCUAUCUUCUUCACCGAAUUUUUAUUUUCUUAGAAUCCUAGGUAUUCUAUUUGGAGUUUGGGGUAGAACUGACGGUGCUUUGGCUAGCAUUGAUAAUGGACUUCUAGUACUACAUUUAACUGAGUGGGUCGUAUCAAAUUUGAUCAACUCACGUUCUUCAGAUAGUAUUAACCUUUUCAGGAGAGAGAUUUUGGAAAACCCACCUCCGGCAUAUGCAUCAUUUGCUGUUCUAAUGGCAGCAGCUGGAGUUGUAAGGGUUAUUAAUAGAACCAAUGCACAUUUGGUAUUAGAGCUGAGAGUUCCUGCAGAGGAGCGGCUUGAGGCAAUUGCAGGAAACUUGAUGAUAUCAAUGACUCAAGAUGAUGCUAACUGCUUUUCAAGUGUAGAACCUAGAAACACCUUUCUUCUGCAAUGCUUGUCAUUAGCUUUAUCCAGAUGUGGUUCUGUUUCUCAUAGAGCUUCACUACUUUUCUGCCUUGAGAAAGCGCUACUGACUGAAGUUUUCCCAUUACAAUGCUUAUACACUCGGGUCCUAGAGUCACAUGCUGGGAAUUUGAUGGAGAUUGAGCUAAAUGUUCAACAGCAUCUGGAUAGCACCAUAUUUAAAGAAGCAGGAACCAUUGCUGCUGUGUUUUGCAAUUACUAUUUGUCAUCUGAUAAACUAAACCAAAGUACUGUAGAGAGUCAUAUGUGGGAUUACUGCCAGUAUGUCUACUCAUGCCAUCGGCGGGUGGCUCUAAUGCUACCAAGUGGGAAGGAAGGGUUGCGGGUGAGUCUAGAUAAAAUUGCUGAGUCAGCUUUCCUCAUGGUUGUGGUAUUUGCAUUGACAGUAACAAAGCACAGGCUAGGAUCGGGCAUUGCUUAUGAAGAACAUUUGAAGCUUUCAGUACAGAUACUAGUUUCAUUUUCUUGUAUGGAAUUUUUUAGACGGAUGCGUUUGGUUGAAUACAUGGAUGCAAUUAGAGCAGUUAUUACUAGUGUUCAGGAGAAUGAAGCAGCUUGUGUUUCGUUUGUGAAAUCGAUGCCACCUUAUGCUGAUCUGACAAGCAAACCAGUGUCAUCCAUUUCUCAAGAAAUCAAUUAUGCAUGGUCCACUGAUGAAGUGCAAACUGCUCGAAUUUUGUUUUAUUUGCGGGUAAUUCAGACUGGCAUUGAAUGCAUGCCAGCAUCUGUGUUUAAGACGGUGGUGGUCCCAACAAUGUUCUUAUACAUGGGACAUCCAUCUCGAAAAGUGGCUAGAGCAGCACACUCAGUAUUUGUGGCUUUCAUUUCAUCUGGAAAGGAUCAUAACCCAGAUGAAGGAGUUUCACUGAAGGAGCAACUUGUCUUUUAUUACAUGACAAGAUCUUUGGAGGCAUAUCCAGGAAUUACACCCUUUGAGGGAGUGGCUUCUGGGGUUACUGCAAUUGUUAGACAUCUACCUGCCGGAAGCUCCUCAAUUUUGUAUUGCAUUCACAGUGUUGUUGAAAAAGCAAAUAGCAUCUGCUGUGCUCUAAAGAAUUGGGAUGGAGAAUUAUUAGAGCCUUUGAAGAAAAUUUUUGAACUACUUUUGCGACUCCUUUAUCUUGUAGAUAUACAGGUUCUGCCUACUUUGAUGAAGUUACUGGCUCAUCUGAUUGUUCAGCUGCCUACUGAUGGCCAGAAUAUGGUACUUGAUGAUCUAUAUCAGCAGGUUGCAGACUUGGAUGAUGUUACAAGGAAACCAGCAAUGGUUUCUUGGGUGCAGUCACUAUCUUACCUCUGUUCUCAAGAUUCUAGCAGGAGAGGAUCAAAUGAGGCAGCAGAACUACACACUGCUUCUUUUGGAAAUGUAGACUCAUUUAGCCUGAACAAAAUAAAUGCACGAUUGUGAUGGGUUUAUGAUGUGCAAGAAAUGUAGACUCAAAGAAGAAAUAGGUGUUUAUUUAUAAAACAAAAGUUUUAUUUGUAGUUGAGUUUUACAUACGAGUGUAAGCCAUAAAAUCUUUGUGGUUUUACUAUUUACAUAGAGCUGUAUUAAAGAAGACCCUUGUGGUUAUGUGGUUAUUAAUCUUAUUCAAAAGGAAUUUAUAUAAAUAUUACGUAGUACUACACUAU